CACCCCUGCGCCUGCAGGGGGGCCGCCACCCCCUUCCUAGCAGCGCCCCGGGGGAGCAGGACAUGUGGAGAGGCCUCCAAAAAAAUCGCAGCCGUUUCCAGUGGUUAAUACAGAUUUGCUCUGCCAUCUGUGCAAUUGACUAGUCAACACCAGAAGGCAGAUGGUGGCAUCUCUUUUAUCCUGACUGGGGCGCGGGCAUCAUCUUGACUCCGCUGAAAAGGAGCAGGGAGAUUUCCCCCCCCCCCCAGCCUAUAUGGGGAGGUAGUUGGUCAUUUCCCCAGGCAGUUAAGUGCAGUGAGAUUUACAGAUGUGGUAUUUAGUGAACCUGGGUGAAGAAGUGAAUGGGAUGAGAGAUCCCAGGCGGUGGAGGCUGUCCGCCGCGGGAAAGGGGCUCACUCCUUUCAAAAGGAAGAAAUUAAUCCCUUGUAGCAGCAACCCCCCUCUCCCCUCCCCGAUUCGAGGCGGUACUCCAAUAGGUAUUCACGCAGGGUGGCAGAGAUCCUAGCAGAAUCUCCUCUCCUGGAAAGUGACAGCUUUCCACAAAGUAUAGCAAAGAGCUCCCUAGUUUUGGAAAGAGACAGCGUGUUAUUUGCCCCAGCCCUGUACUUCUGUAACGAAGCACGGAGAGUAACUCUGGGAUUUGAAUCAUUCAUGAAGAUGUGACUAACCUUUGGAUGUGACUAACCAUCGCGCAUGGAGAUUUUCAGAAACUAGCUUGCAAUAUUCUUUGCUAGAGGCUGAGUACUUAGACCUGGCGGGGGGAAAGUAGCAAAACUGUCAAGAAAAAAACCAACCCUGCUCGGUAGUUCUCAACGUCACUGAAGGAAUGAUUUGUAUGUCAUUAUUAAUAGUUAUUUUAAGGGGGUGGUGCUGGUGAGCAAUUAUUAAAAUUCGAUUUAGCACAUUUUGUCACUACCAUGUUUUAAGAUGCAAGUUCCAGAGACCCGUUUUGUAAUAUAUGGCGUAGUUUUAAGGGGCAGUGUAAUUCAGCAACUUCACCGCGUUGCCGAGAGGAAGCUGGAAGUAAAUGUGCUCUCAAGAAAUUCGUUACAUUUAUGUGCUCGUUGCUAAUCAAGACCUCCUAUAAAAAAAAUCAGUCUAUUUGCGCAAAUAUUCCAGAAAUGCCAGUCCCCAUCUUUACCACGCUCUCUGAUCUACACCUUCCUUUCCCUCCAGAAUAUUUCCUCAGGGUUUUGGAACGGCUGGUUUUCAGUAAUCAUUUUUUAUUUAAAAAAUUAUUUUGUUUCUUGGUAUUAAGCGAUCGGCUCGUCUGACAGUGAUGCAGACCUGUGAGCCGUUCCGAUUUUCACUCGGAUCUAACAUUCUCUUUUGAGUGCACACGGAGCUGGUGCUCUGUUAUGUCUAGUCAAACUCCCGGGCUCUGAUCACAGAAAUAGGUUUAGAUGCUGCUUAAAAAAUAUCACCCUUGCUUCUCUUUCCUAUUGACAUUCGCUCACCCCGGCCGUUUUGCAUCACUUUCUGUUUUGUUUAUCCGCACUUAAGGCAGAUUCUGUAUAACAAUAAAAUCCGAUCCCUCCUUUUGCAAUCCGGAGAGUGAAUUUUGAUUCUUUUGAAUCCGUUCUUUUAAAACGAGUAGAGCGGAAAAUAACAUUUCCUUAAGGAAGGAAACGCCCAUUGUCCUGUUUAUUGACCGUUCUCUUUUCUCUUGCUAGGAUAAGAAGGGGCUAACAGGGAAACAGGCUAAUUUUGAGCGCAAAACAGUCUACCAGAGGCCUGUCAGGACGCCCAGCUUGCUGGCCAAAAGCAUUUUGGAAGCUCUCCUUGGAUUUUUCUACCAUCUGUAACAAUGUGUUACAGAUAAUGAUUCAUCUUUAGAAAAUAGAAAUGGCAUCAGCUAUAGGUUAUCGCCCCAUGCCAGCAGAUCCUUACCUGGGAGGGAAUUCACCUUUACCACCCCCUGUAAGUGACAGGAUGAGGAAAAGACGGGCCUUUGCUGAUAAAGAGCUGGAGAACAUUAUGUUAGAGAGAGAGUAUAAAGAAAGGGAGAUGAUGGAAGCCACUCAAGCUGCUGCCCUUUUCCUGCCUAACCAUAUGGUGCAUGGAGCUGAAUACAAUUCCUACAAAACUGCAUUUAACCCUACCCAGGUUGAAGCUCCUAGCAAGGAGUUUUGCAACUUCUUACCAACCUGCCUUGACCUAACCAUGCAGUAUUCAGGAUCUGGGAAUAUGGAACUGAUUUCUUCAAAUGUCAGUGUAGCCACUACCUACAGGCAAUAUCCCUUGUCCUCCAGAUUAUUGGUAUGGCCAAAGCGUGGCCCCAUUAGUGAUGCUUUUCUCUACCAGCAAUGUCUACUGAAUGCUACUGCAGUCCAAGCUCUCAAACCUGGGGCAGCCUGGGACGCCAAGGCUUCACAAAGCCAGGAUUGUGUAAAUUCAGAGCAGGAGAUGAUGUCACCAAAAACUGAAAAUUCACUUGUGCUUUCUCAUGCUCGAGAAAUUCAGCGUGUCCCUCAGGAGGCCCGUGAGAGGUCUGCUUUCUCUCCUCCUAAAAGGACUUUUCCACAGAUUUCUGAGAAGGAUUCUCUGGCUUCUCAAGAACACAUCUUAAGCAAGAUCAGCAAAGAAAAUACCAAGCAUCCUCACACACUCAAGUAUAAUCCGUUCCACUCAUUUUUACAGCAAACAUUUCAUGACAAAUCAGGGCCUGAGUUAAAAACACCGUUUGUAAAAGAGAGCUUUGAAGAGACAUCUAAGAAGUACAGAGAGUGCUCCAUCAAAGAGAACCAAAAGUACAAAUUUACAAUAGACAGAUACUCAAAAGACUUUUUUGGGGCCAAACAAGCUGCAACUAAACUCUCAGCAAAUGAGCCUCUAUCAUUCUCUGUUGAAUCAAUCCUUAAACGACCCUCUUCUGCAGUCACUAAUGUCUCGCAGUAACUGCAUCUUCAAUGUCAAGUUUAAAUGUUUGCCAUCUGCAAAGUUGCUGCCACCUGCCUUUUCUCUCCAAAGAUUUGUACAAAGGAAUUUGUUAUGUAAAUGGUGAUUUAAAAAAAAAAACCUGUGUACAUAAAUAUGCAUGUUUUCUCUCAUGAAAAUAAAUAUUUAAAUUUUAAAAAUGAAAACGGUGCAUGUGCAGACUGUAAAGAGUAGGAUUUAUACAGCACUUCAAACAUUACAAUAAAAUGAGAUGACUUAU